CGGUGGCUCAAGUCACCAUCUGCUUCCAAUUACACUAUGACAGCCUGCAGGACGGCGUCCAAGAUGCAGCUCGGUAAACUACUGCAGCAAGUAUAGAGGAGCCAGAGGGCGGAAAAGGAGGCAGAACUUGGAAGGGAAAGCCUGGACUUGGAUCUGACAUUUAAGUGUGGUCGAGCUGAGUCACUCUAGCCGGCAGAGCCGUGGAGCCAGCCUUCACUUUUCCAUUACUCUCUGGAUUUUUCUCCUUUUGUUGGUGACUAACAGCUGCUUCCAGUUUCUGGGUUUGGAAAUUUAGUUUGUCUGGUAAGACAUAAAGGAACUGUUGUCGCAUUGAUGGGAUAAAUCUAUUUCUUUUCAACAAACUGGAGCGGAUACAGGUCGGACUUUCACAUGUGGUGAUAUGACUUUAUUGACUUGCAUUCAUUUAUUGAUAGUAAGUGGAAGGUGCAUGAUCCUGGGACCACUUGUACAAAUUACUGCAUGCCAUAAACACCACCUACACCUUCUUAUCCUGCAUUUUUCUGAUGUAAGAUAGAACAAUGCUGCACUUAAGCCUCAGAUAUGAACAGGGUCAAUGGUGACCACAAUGUUGACGUUGUGGGAAAAGCUUUUUUAAGAACUUCCUGGAGAGCUUCAAUACUUUCUUUAUGAGUAAAAAUGGAGGAACAAAAGGCCAUACUAAAAUUUUUCAGGACCCUCUCAGAGGAGCAAAAUGAGGACACUGAGCUGAGCUUUAAUCUAAAGAACAAUGGGGAUAUGAGUUUUGAAGAGGCUCUGGAGAACAGUAGAGACUCCUUAUUGUAUGUUAUAUUGCCUCGUGAAGGAGAGAAGGUCACCUUUAACUCAAAUGACUCGGAUAUGACGGAGGAGGAGAGGAAUAUUGUGAAUUUAAGAGAGCAACAGAGCGAGGUUGUAAACACGGAAAAUGACUCAGAGAAGCAGACCAUUGCUACAAAUCAAGAGCAGAAUAAGAUGUCAGACGCGGUUAAUGGUCGGAGCAAUGAGAGUUGUCACAUAACACCAGAAGAAUGUGCACUGAGGGAAUCCCCGCAGGCUAAAUGUCAACAUGUUUCAACUGAGUACACAAAUACAGAUUGUGAUUGUGUCGGUGUCAAUCAGGAUGACGCUAAAGGAGCCGAUCAGGGAGUGAGAAACGACUGCCAAAAUGUACACUGCCAGGAAGAUUUCGAGGCAGGUACUGUAAGUUUUGACCCUGAGGAAUCUGAGAAAAGCGAACAUGUGGUGAUGGCGAUGACUCGGACAGGACCUUCAGUUGAGGAGCAGGUUGAACCGGUAACACCAAUGUUUGAGCCUAAAAAUGACAAUGAAGAGAAGAGGACAGGUGAAGAAGAAGAGGAAGAGAAAAGAGAUGUAUUUCCAGACUUUUCUACCCAACCUCACCAUCCUCCCAGCCCAGAAGACACAUCACCACAUGUUUCCAUAACAUCUGCAGCUGUAGCUAACAACCCUCCACCUGGAUCUAUCUUUACCAGAGCCACCUUUUCCCCAGGCUCCCCAACGGACAAGCAGAUCCAGCUGCCUGCUCUCUUCAGCAGCAUGAGGAUCUUGAGGAAGGGGGUGGUCGGCCCCGAGCACGACACCGUGGCUCAGAUCAAACCUUCAUCUCAAGGAUCAAGGAGGGACAUUUUCUCUGACAAGCAAGGGGAUGCCAAAGUUCAGGGGAACUUCCUGGACCAGAUCUCCCAGUUCCUGAACCGGGAGAAGAGAGGAGAUGAGAAAGAGGAGAAGAAAGAAGUAGAGGCUGAGGGAGACCGUGACGACGCCAGAGAGAAGAGUGAAGAAACGGAAGAGGGUGAGAGGAAAGAAACAGAGGAGGAUGCAGAGGUUUCAGUUGAGUCUACGAAACCUUCUGUGACCAGCGCGGAGGCAGCGUUCGAUGCCUUCAAAGCUUUUUUUACCCCGAAGCCUUUGAAGAAGGACCCAGCAGAGAAGGUGGACCUGGAGGCAGUGAGGAAAAAGAUACGAGCAGAUAAAGAUGUGCUGAGAUCGAUUUUUGAGAGAGCCUCCAAUAAAACACCAGAGAAGAAAGACUCGCCUGAUAACAAAUCAGAAGCAUCCACCCCAGGAGACGGAGAGGAAAGGACUCCUGGUCGUCUACAAGCCGUCUGGCCGCCACUUAAGGAGGAAAAAGUUGGGCUGAAGUAUACAGAAGCAGAGCAUCAGGCCGCUCUGCUGCAGCUGAAGAGAGAAUGCAAAGAGGAGCUCGAGAAGUUACAGGAGGACUUUGGUCUGGAGCUCUCCAGGCUGAGGGUGGAAAACCAGGACAGCGUCGCCCGUCUGGCCGAGCUGCAGACCAAACUCUCCCAGGCUGGGACUCGCUCUCGCGGGGAGCUCAAAGAUGUCGCUGUAUCGACAGGAGACGACUUUGUACACAAAUCCUUCAGGACAGUCUGUGUCCAGACAGACCGAGAGACGUUUGUUAAGACUCCCGAGGACGGAGACGGUACGGGGAGAAGCUGCACGAGUCCUCAGCAGCAGAAGGUGACCCCAAAAAAACUAGACCUGGCCUCCAUCAGCCUCAGCCUGUCCGGUCAGAGGCACGAUACUUUGUCUUCAUCCUCAUCACAUGACCUUCCUCCUCCUGGAGCCACGUUACCUCCAUCAGAACAACCCACUCCAACCAAAACACACAGUCUGCCUCCUCCUCCACCUCCACCUCCUCCUCCACCUCCACCAUGUUUGUCUUCAAGCCUAAACCACAUGCAGCCAUCAAAUGGCCCUCCACCUCCACCUCCACCUCCUCCUCCUCCUCCUCUUCUUUCCACACCAGGCUUAGCUCCUCCACCACCUCCUCCUCUUUUAAGUGGAGCCCUCACUGUUGAUAAACCUCCCAGGAAACCAGCAGUGGAGCCGUCCAGACCCAUGAGACCUCUGUACUGGACCAGAAUCCAGAUCCAGGACAACAACAAUAACAACACGCUGUGGAACGUUUUAGAGGAACCAGAUAUAAUCAACACCAGCGAGUUUGAGGAUCUGUUCGCCAAAACCACCACACAGACGAAGAAGAAGCCGCUGUCAGAGGCGUACGAGAAGAAAGCCAAGGCCCGGAAGAUUGUCAAGCUGCUGGACGGGAAACGCUCUCAGGCCGUCGGCAUCCUCAUAUCGAGCCUCCACCUGGAGAUGAAAGAUAUACAACAAGCCAUACUGACAGUGGACCACUCUGUGGUGGACGUGGAGACCAUCGAAGCACUGUAUGAAAAUAGAGCACAGCCGGAGGAACUGGAGAAAAUCAAGAAACACUACGAGAUGUCGGCUGAAGAGGACGUUAAACUGCUGGACAAACCCGAACAGUUCCUGUACGAGCUGUCUCAGAUCCCAAACUUCUCAGGCAGAGCUCACUGCAUCAUCUUCCAGUCGGCCUUCGUCGACGGGAUUGCGUCCGUCCAACGCAAGCUCAAAACAGUCUCCUCUGUCUGCGAGGCUCUGCUGGAGAGCGACGGUGUGAGGAGAGUGGUCGGACUGGUGUUGGCUCUGGGGAACCACAUGAACGGAGGCAGCAGAGUCAGAGGUCAGGCCGACGGCUUCGGCCUGGAGAUUCUACCUAAACUAAAAGAUGUGAAGAGCAGGGACAAUCGUAUCAGCCUGGUGGACUACGUGGUGUCAUACUACCUGCAUAAUGUGGAUAAGAACGCCGGCACAGACAAGAGUGUUUUCCCUCUUCCUGAACCUCAGGACGCCUUCCUGGCAGCGCAAGUCAAAUUCGAUGACCUCAACAGAGACCUGAGACAGCUCGGACGAGAUCUGACAAGAUGUGAGAAAGACUUGCAGAAAGUUUGCUCUGACUCUCCCGAAGAACACCUGCAACCGUUUAAGGACAAGAUGGAGGCUUUUGUUCUCAGCGCACGAAAAGAACACGCAGAAGCUUCCUAUCAGCUGAUGACUGUUCAAAAAAGUUUUCAAGACUUGAGUCUGUACUUUGGACUGAAGCCCAAGACGGGAGAGAAGGACGUGACCGCCGGCCAUUUCUUCAUGCUCUGGUUUGAGUUUUGUGCCGACUUCAAGACCAGGUGGAAGAGGGAGAACAAGAACAUCUCUAAAGAGAGAUUAAAAGAGGCUCAGCUGUCAGUGAAGAGGAUCACGGCAGAGAAGAAGGUGGAGACCAGAAAGAUCAACCCUAACAGUCUGAAAGAGCGACUGCGCCAGAAAGAAGCCAACAUGUCUUCACUUUGAGAGAUCACACAACCGUCCUUACCGAGCUGGAUCAGACUGGAUCAGGGCCAUGAGACCAAACCGAUAUUUCUUUGUUGAACUCAAGAGUUCUCGCGUUCAUCAACUGACAGCUUUAUGUUUUAUAAUUUGCGACCUAAAAAAAUGUAUUUUGUGCAAUAUGUAGACAUUAGAGUUAGCUUUA